AUGGUGGUCACACCAACAACAGGAGGGAGUUUUGUUAGCGAAGCGAGCUUGAAUGGGCUAGCAAAUGGAACUGCCAUGGGACUGGCACCCAAAGCACGACUUGUUGCUUACAAGGUUUAUUGGUCAGAAGCUGCUAGCGACAUGGAUGUAUUAGCUGCUUUUAAAGCUGCCAUUGAUGAUAAUGUUGACAUUAUCAAUCUUUCUAUGGGUAGUGUAGAACCAGGGUUUCUGGAUUCAUUUGCUGUUGGUAGUUUUCAGGCUAUGGAAAAUGGUAUCCUUACAAUUGCAUCAGCUGGGAACACAAGACCUACUCUUAGGAUUGUUUCGAACGUCUACCCAUGGGUGUUAACAGUUGCUGCCAGCACAAUUGAUAGAGAAUUCUUUUCUAAUCUCUUACUUGGGAACAAUAUAAGCAUUAAGACAUCACAAUACUUUGAUUUACAAGUUCUUGAUUCAAAAACGUUUUAUCCAUUGAUAAUUGGUAUGGAAGCACGCGUUUCUGGAGCUAAUAUCAAUGACGUUAUUAGAAAAGCUGGAGGUAUUGGACUUAUCUUUGUUAAGGACGAGAAAGUAGGAUCUGAAAUUUUCCAAAAUGUACCCUCUGCCGUCUCUGCUGCUUUGAUUAGCUACAAUGAUGUUCAAACUCUUUUUUCUUAUAUCAACUCUACCACGACACCAAUUGUAUCCUUUGGUGAAGCAAUAACUUCAUUAGGUAUAAAGUCUGCUCCUAUUAUGGCUGAUUUCUCAUCAAGGGGUCCUCAUCCACUCUUCUUUAGUUCUGGUGUUUCAAAGCCUGAUGUAACAGCUCCGGGUGUAGAUAUCCUAGCAGCUACUUCUAAUUCCUUAGAAAAAAAAGAAAAUCCAUUUGUGCUUGUAGACAAAACCCCCUUAGAUAAGAAAGGAAUGCCGAUACGUGAUAAUAAUGGAGUGAGUGAAGCGACAACUUUGGCAUACGGGUCGGGUCACAUACGACCUAAUUUGGCAAUGGAUUCUGGUUUAGUCUAUAACAUGAAUGAAUAUGAUUAUCUUAAUCUCCUUUGUGCAAUAAUCAUAACAACACAAUAUUGGAAAAGUUGA